AUGAAUCGCGAUGCAAUCGCGCAGGACCCGUUAACAAUGGCUACCGUUUCUGAACACCCUGUUGCGCCUGCGUGCGCGCAAAAGCCCGCACCUGCCCCGGUCCCGGCGGGGUCGAUGUCGACGUGGAAUACCAAGGAUCUGAGUUUACGGCUCGGCGUUGAUGUCGCGAGUGCUGCGACUGCUGGCGCGCUGACAUGUCCGCUUAUCACGAUUAUUGACCAAGCAAUCAUCGAAAAGGCCUCAAAAGGCUUCCCAAUCCAAACAACAAUAACCACCUGCCUAAAGUCAAUGCUCGCGAAACCAUCCGCCUUCUUCCUCUCAACCCCCUUCCUCCUCAUCUACACCCUCUACAGCUCAACCUACCUAACCGCCAACGCAAUUGACACCCUCUCCUCCACCCUCCGCAACAAACCCUACGACACCGUCUUCGCCGGCCCACUCAAAUUCAUCUCGACAACAACUGUCAAUAUGGCUAUCUGCGUCUACAAAGACGCGCGAUUCGCAAGGAUCUUUGGCGCCUCGCCUCCUCCUCAGCAGUUGCAGGGCCGACAACCCAUUCCUUCAAAACACCAUACCCUCCGCCGCCCUGCGCCGACCCCAACACCGACAAUUCCAAAAACAAGCUACACUCUCUUCUGCCUCCGCGACAGCGUCACAAUCUUUGCCUCCUUCAACGUCCCCCCGCUGCUGGCCCCCAGCGUGCCCGACUUCAUGGCCUCGACGCCGGCGGCUAAGGCGGCUGUCGCGCAGUUCGCUUGUCCUGCGCUGAUGCAGUUUGCUUCGACGCCGAUGCAUCUGCUUGGUCUGGAUUUGUAUAAUCGUCAGCCGGUUGGCGGGUUGCAUUGGAGUGAGCGCGUUGCACGGAUUCGGAGGGAUUAUGUCCCGUCCUGCUUUGCGCGUAUGGGGAAGAUCGUACCUGCUUAUGGUGUUGGCGGUGUUGCGAAUGUGCGUAUGAGGCAUUGGCUUAUGGAGAAGGUUGAGCGACGUUAG